CAAAAAUCAUGGGUACAUCGUUUCUCUUUCCCUUUUAUUUUUCCUGCUUUUAACAUGAUUUUCUCUUUUCAGAUCAUCAAAUUCGAUUAAUUUUUUCCUUUUCUUUUAUUGUGUCAACUCUCACAGCCAAGAUUAAGAUUGGAAUUAACGGAUUUGGAAGAAUUGGUCGAUUAGUGGCCAGAGUUGCUCUCCAAAGAGAUGAUGUUGAGCUUGUUGCUGUUAACGACCCCUUCAUCUCUGUUGAAUACAUGACAUAUAUGUUCAAGUAUGAUAGUGUACAUGGUCAGUGGAAGCACCAUGAGCUGAAGGUUAAGGAUGAGAAGACUCUCCUCUUUGGUGACAAGGCUGUUACUGUUUUUGGCUUUAGGAACCCAGAGGAGAUUCCAUGGGGACAGACUGGAGCUGAUUAUAUCGUGGAGUCGACCGGUGUUUUCACCGAUAAGGACAAAGCUGCUGCUCACUUGAAGGGUGGUGCCAAGAAAGUUAUCAUUUCUGCCCCUAGCAAGGAUGCUCCUAUGUUUGUUGUCGGUGUCAAUGAGAAGGAAUACAAGCCAGAACUCAACAUUGUUUCAAACGCUAGCUGCACCACAAAUUGCCUUGCUCCCUUGGCCAAGGUUAUAAAUGACAGAUUUGGAAUUGUUGAGGGUCUCAUGACCACCGUCCACUCCAUCACAGCCACUCAGAAGACUGUUGAUGGGCCAUCAUCCAAGGAUUGGAGAGGUGGAAGAGCUGCUUCAUUCAACAUUAUUCCCAGCAGCACCGGAGCUGCUAAGGCUGUCGGGAAAGUGCUACCAGCGUUGAAUGGAAAGUUAACCGGAAUGGCUUUCCGAGUCCCAACUGUUGAUGUGUCCGUGGUUGACCUCACAGUGAGGUUGGAGAAAGAAGCAACCUAUGAUGAAAUCAAGGCCGCGAUUAAGGAGGAGUCUGAAGGAAAAUUGAAGGGAAUUCUAGGUUACACUGAAGAUGAUGUGGUAUCCACGGACUUUGUGGGAGACAAUAGAUCAAGCAUAUUUGAUGGCAAGGCUGGAAUUGCUUUGAGCAAGAAUUUUGUCAAGCUUGUUUCGUGGUACGACAACGAGUGGGGUUACAGCACACGAGUGGUGGACUUGAUUAAGCACAUGGCAUCAGUUCAGUGAAAGUGGCAGUUCGCUCAUUGGUGGCAAAGCAUGGUGGCGCUGCUGGUGACGAUCCUGUUCUGUGUUGUUAGAUAAUACAGUUUAGAAUAAAGUGUUCUCUCGGACCUCAAAUUAGCGGAUGUUUGAUGUGAUUUAGGGGCUGUACUCUUGUUUAGGUGUUUAAUUUCGAGUCCUCUUCAUUCCGAGAAUGUGUCUCAGUGACUGUGGUAUAUGUUUCUCUUGUUUUGUUCUGUUAUGAAUGUAUAAUAAUGUUGGACCUUGUUUA